GUGGUCCUCUCCAUCUUCAUCGAGUCGUUUCUCGGAUCCGAUCAAGCUUGGAAGAAAAAACAGAGAUCAUAUCCAGGCCAAGGAUAACGUUAUUCCAUCACCGUUUCGAAUAUCCUCGCAUCCAAACAAGGAGUUACAAGCGCCAUGGCUUCGGUUUUCAGCGGCGACGAGACUGCUCCUUUCUUCGGCUUCCUCGGAGCAGCCGCCGCUCUCGUCUUCUCAUGCAUGGGUGCUGCAUAUGGCACGGCUAAGAGUGGGGUUGGUGUGGCAUCCAUGGGUGUGAUGAGGCCCGAGCUUGUCAUGAAAUCGAUCGUUCCAGUGGUUAUGGCUGGAGUUUUGGGGAUUUACGGGUUGAUUAUAGCCGUUAUCAUCAGUACCGGGAUCAACCCGAAAGCCAAAUCAUACUAUCUCUUUGACGGUUAUGCACACUUGUCGUCAGGUCUUGCUUGUGGACUCGCUGGCCUUUCUGCCGGAAUGGCUAUUGGGAUCGUUGGUGAUGCUGGUGUCAGGGCAAAUGCUCAGCAACCAAAGCUCUUUGUGGGAAUGAUUCUCAUUCUGAUCUUUGCCGAGGCUCUUGCUCUAUACGGCCUCAUCAUUGGUAUCAUCCUCUCAUCCCGAGCUGGGCAGUCCCGAGCUGACUGAUGAGCCAAUCAGUUUGUCUAUCGCAUUCCCUGUCGUCCAGACAUGUUGUUUUACCACCAGAAUUUGUUCGUGUUCGGCUUGUUACUCUUUUCAAGUCAAGUUCGAGGAAUAAACAAAAACCUUUUUUUUUUGUACAUUAAGGAGGAUUCAGAUCUUUUACUCUCUUCAUGUUUCAUUUUCUU